AAGAGGGAUGCUGCGCUCCAUCCAAGCCGAGCGGGCUGCGCGGUUUUACGCGCGGUGGCACAACUACGGCCAUCUAAAAAGAUGCCAAGGCUUCCUGCGGUUAUCCUGAUUGUGCCAGUGAUGCUGUUAGCCUUGGUCAAGCCAGCAUCUGCUCAUCCUCAAUGCCUGGACUUCAAGCCACCUUUUAAACCUCCAUGGCACCUGGAGUUUUGCAAUCAGUAUGAGCAGUUUGGAUGCUGCGACCAGGGAACUGACAACAUGAUCGCGGAGAGGUACUGGGACAUCAUUGAACAACUGGAAGCGGCAGGUCAUGAGCUCUGUACCGACAUGCUGAAGGAAAUUAUGUGCCAGGAAUGCUCGCCAUAUGCUGCCCACCUCUACGAUGCUGAAGACCCCUACACACCUGUGAGAGAAAUUCCCGGUCUUUGCUUUGACUACUGCUCUGAGUUUCAUUCCAAAUGUCGCCACGUGCUUAAAUAUUUAACAGUCAACCAGCUGCUGCUGUACGCCGCAGAGCGCGACGUAACCACGUUCUGCAGCAUGGUAGACCUGCCUGACCAAGACUACUGCUACCCCACUGUUUUGAAAAGCUCUGACCUCAAUAGUAACCUGGGACAGGUGGUAGAGGACCCAAGAGGUUGUCUCCAGUUGUGCCUGACUGAAGUGGCCAACAAUCUCAGGAACCCAGUGCUGAUGCUGCACAGUGGAGAUGACACACAUCGAAUGUUUAUUGCAGAACAGAUGGGCUUUGUUUGGGUUUACCUACGCGACGGCAGCCGGCUGGAGCAGCCUUUCCUGGAUAUGAGCGGGGAGGUGUUGACCACUCCAUGGCUGGGGGAUGAGAGAGGAUUCCUAGGAAUGGCUUUCCACCCAAAGUACCGGGAUAAUGGACGCUUCUUUAUUUACUAUUCCAUCCAGGUCAGCAGUGAGCUGGAAAAAAUCAGGAUCAGCGAGAUGAAGGUGUCUGCCUAUGACAUGAACGUGGCUGAUCCCUACUCAGAGAGGCUCAUUUUAGAGAUCGAGGAGCCAGCCGCAAACCACAACGGAGGCCAGCUGCUUUUUGGUGUUGACGGCUAUUUGUAUAUCUUCACUGGAGACGGUGGAAAAGCUGGGGAUCCAUUUGGGAAGUAUGGCAACGCACAAAACAAAAGUGCUCUUUUGGGAAAAGUGCUUCGCAUUGAUGUGGAUGGAAGUGACCCCAGUGGCAUGCCAUACAGGAUCCCCCCUGACAACCCAUUCCUCAGGGACCCAGGUGCCCGGCCAGAGGUGUUUGCUUAUGGGGUAAGAAACAUGUGGCGAUGUUCCGUGGACCGUGGAGACCCGGUGAGUGGCUACGGCAGAGGUCGGAUAUUCUGCGGGGAUGUUGGUCAAAAUCGCUACGAGGAGAUUGACAUUAUUAUCAAAGGAGGAAACUAUGGAUGGAGGGCCAAAGAGGGCUUCGAGUGCUACGACAUGAAAUUGUGCCAAAACUCCUCCCUGAAUGACAUCCUCCCUAUAUUUGCAUACAGCCAUCAUGUCGGGAAGUCUGUGACAGGGGGGUAUGUGUACAGAGGAUGUGAAUCACCCAAUCUGAAUGGCUUGUACAUUUUCGGAGACUUCAUGAGUGGUCGAAUUAUGGCUUUAGAGGAAGACAGGACAACAGGAAACUGGAAAGAGAGGAGUGUGUGUAUGGGUGAUACGCAGACUUGCUCUUUUCCCGGACUCAUCAAUCAACACCACAAGUUCAUCAUCUCAUUUGCUGAAGAUGAAGCAGGGGAGCUGUACUUCCUGGCUACGUCAUACCCGAGUGCCAUGUCUGCUUUUGGAACUGUGUUUAAAUUCAUGGACCCCUCCAGGAGAGCACCUCCUGGGAAAUGUAAGCAAAAGCCACUCCCUGUCAAAGUGAGGGGAAAAAAGUUUCCAUUUGUGCCAAAGGAAUUGACUGUACUGGGCACAAAUGAAAAACCUACCAGACCACCGCCAAGAAAAUUCAAACUCCCCACCAAACCGCCGGUGAGGAGCAACCAGAUCAAACCUACGAUGACUGCAGCAGGCAACUCAACGACGGGCACCGCUGUAAAGGUCAAACCGAAAUCAUCGGACAAAGACACGAAGAAGAAAAAUAUGCUGAAACCAUGGAAAAAAGACAAAAUGCUGAACAAGAAAAAAGCCAGCACACAAGCAAAGAAGAAUACUUUGAAGCAGAAAUCUAAGGAGACAACUGUCAGCGUCAAAGAUAAAGUAAAACCAAAGACAAAUCAAACUGCCACAGAGACUUUAAACACUUCAAACGCCCACAAUGGCCUGAAAGAUAACAAAAUCCACACAAAGAGGAAGAUACACCAGAGGAAAGCUGCGCAGAAGCAAAGUGGACCAAAGAUGACGAUUAAAGAAUCUACAAAAGAGUAUCCUGCCUUUGUGAACAAAACUAAGACAAACUUCAACGUAAGAAGCAACAGAACACUAACAAGACAGCUUAAGCUAUGGAAAGAGUUAUUCCACUCCCAUGUAUGCACAGAGACAGCAGCUUAGUGCAAAGGCUAACGACAGAGGCAAGCUCCUGAAGACUGGCUCUAUCAGAGAAUCAAUUCACCAGCACUUCUAAAGAUUGCUAAUUAUUAUUUUACCUUUAUUGUUGCCACCGGAGUCUCCAAUUCCAGAUAUCAGCAGCCUCUGCCAAAAUGCUGAACAAUUCCUUUAAAGCAGUGUUUCUCAUAUUGGUUACCAGUAGAAAGUACAGCAGUGAGUACUUGAGAUUUUUAUAUUCAUUUAAAUACCAGUUAUGCAUAUCUCUGAAAAUAAACUUAAAUAAACUAAAUUUCAUAUUCAG